AAUAAUCUAACCUAAUUUACUUUAUUGCACUUGUUACAACAAACUUUUCUUUCUAAUACAAUAUUGUAACUUUCUAUGUGAAAAUGCCUAGUAAUAAGCGACCAAAGGACAAUAAAUCCCCAUCAGAGGCCUACUCCCCACCAAACAACGAGACAAACAUGGCGGAAGGCACAGGUAACAACGUGACACUUACAGAACUUACCCGGGCUUUGGGAUAACUACUGUUGGUAUAGCGGAGGAUCUUAAGGCUACUAUUGCUGAACUGGACACUAAAAUCGAGAGCACCAUUCGAACGGUCGCUUCGCAGGGCCAGAGUAUUGUGGACCUUGAGAAAGCUUCUGAAUUCAACGCUGGUAGGAUCGACGAGUUAGAGAAGCUAUGCACGUCAUUGCAGGAUAAUGUGCAGAGGCUUUCUGUGAAAGUGGUCCCAGUGCCUGGACCGGGCCAGCGUCCUCGCCCAGUAAUCAUCUGUUGUCACAGUUUCAAGACCAAGGAUCUUAUCCUGCGCGAGGCUCGAAUGAGGGGCAACCUGUUACAUAAAGGGCACCCCUUUCGUGUCUAUGAGGACUAUGCGCCCGAUGUGGCAAAGCACCGCGCUGGCUACAGAGAUGUCAUGACCAAACUCUACAAACUCCAUCUUCGUCCAGCCUUGCUCUUCCCUGCAAGACUAAGAAUUACCCCGCCUUCCGGGGAGAAGAUCUGGCUCUCCUCGGUUCUGGACGCAGAGAAGUUUGUCCGGGAAUAUACACCAAUCCCCCGUACAGUCUGGAAGGGUGACUCGGCUGAUGGAUAGAAAUGAUGAUGUGGUGAUCUCAUCCUCCAACUCUGAUGACAUCUCUAUCUACUCCUUCACUGACUGUGAAUCUGAGUCUGAUGAUGAGGAUCAUGAAAGGAGGACACCACCGCUGAAUGUGAAGGAUGAGGAGGAUGGAAAGGUGACAAGGCUUAAAGUGAGGGAUAUGGUAGAGGACGACGAUCUUUCUCUCCACUCCUUCGAUAAGUCAGACUUUCUGCGUGAUAAUGGCAAUGAUGCCUCUGCUGAGGACAGUCCAGGGCCUUCAAAGGAACCACUGAGAAAAGGGGCUUCACUGAAGGACCCUCGACUGAAGGUGUCACGCCAGAUGGAGGUGGUCCCUACUGUCCGGCCCUGCAGGCAGCAGCUGGACAAGAAGACACAGUGGACCAACACCAACGAGGAGAGCCUGAGGAGAAUUAAAGAAAACCUGGCCUCCAUAGAGCUUGACCUGGAGGAAGGCCUGAAGACGGUCAAUGACGGUCUGGACAUCAACCAAGAGAGGCAGAAGAAGAAUGAGGGAUGCUUCAGAGCCUGGAUUGAGAAGUGGAUGGGGAGGAGGAAGGAGGAAAGACUGAGGGAUGAAGAUGUGAAUAGGGAAGACAAAGGGAGGAGGGGCGAGAAGUUGAGGGCACUGAUCCAAGUGAUGAAGAGAAACUGCAGCGAAAGAGAUCUUGAGGCAGUAGACUUGGACAGUUGGCUGAAUGACUUGGAAAGGUUGAAAGUGGCCUUCAAGAAAUGCACUGGAGAUGGCCAAAAUGGUAGAGAGCAUGGCAGAAAUGAAGACCAGCAUAGCCAAGAACAGGCUCCUCAAGCUUGAAAAAAAGAAGUAUGAAGUCCAGCGCUUUAGCCCAGGGAAAGUCUCUGGUCCUGUGUCUGGCCAGACUGGCCUUUCUCCUCUUGUGACCUCAGCACCCUGGACCCUGGCUGAAGCCCUACG